AUGGCCGAGGGGUCCAACGUGACGCGUUCUGAAAGCCUCUUUGGGAAACGAAAACCUCCUGGCCCUGCGACUUACGGCUGCUUCAACCUGUUUCUUUCAGAUACCAUUGUCCUCAUCGCCUCCAUAGCGGUCGUGUCUGCCAAAACUCAGGGUAACAUCUUCGCCACGUCGGCACUGCGCAGCCUGCGCUUCCUGCAGAUCCUCCGCAUGGUGCGCAUGGACCGGCGCGGCGGAACCUGGAAGCUGCUGGGCUCCGUGGUCUACGCGCACAGCAAGGAAUUAAUCACAGCUUGGUACAUAGGAUUUUUGGUUCUGAUUUUUUCAUCUUUCCUUGUCUAUCUGGUGGAAAAGGAUGCUAAUAAGGAGUUUUCUACAUACGCGGAUGCUCUCUGGUGGGGCACGAUAACACUGACCACGAUCGGUUAUGGAGACAAAACCCCCCUGAAGUGGCUGGGAAGGCGGCUGUCAGCAGGCUUCGCACUCCUGGGCAUUUCUUUUUUUGCACUUCCUGCUGGCAUUCUUGGCUCAGGUUUUGCAUUAAAAGUACAAGAACAGCACCGCCAGAAACACUUUGAGAAAAGACGGAACCCAGCUGCCAACCUCAUUCAGUGCGUUUGGCGUAGUUACGCAGCUGAUGAGAAAUCUGUCUCCGUUGCAACUUGGAAGCCGCACCUGAAGGCCUUGCACACCUGCAGCCCCACCAAUCAGGUCUGUAGUCAUAAGCAGAAGCUCUUCAGAAUACACACCUCAUGGAGGCAGAGCCAGAAGCUCAGCUUCAAGGAGCGCGUGCGCAUGGCCAGCCCUCGGGGCCAGAGCGUCAAGAGCAGGCAGGCGUCGCUGGGGGACAGGCGGUCCCCCAGCACGGACAUCACGGCUGAGGGCAGCCCCACCAAAGUGCAGAAGAGCUGGAGCUUCAACGACCGCACGCGCUUCCGGCCCUCCCUGCGCCUGAAGAGCUCGCAGCCCAAGCCGGUGGUGGACGCUGACACAGCGCUUGGCACCGAUGACGUGUAUGAUGACAAAGGAUGCCAGUGUGACGUGUCCGUGGAGGACCUCACGCCACCACUGAAAACCGUCAUUCGGGCAAUCAGAAUAAUGAAGUUUCAUGUUGCAAAACGGAAGUUUAAGGAAACACUGCGCCCAUACGAUGUAAAAGAUGUCAUCGAACAGUACUCCGCUGGUCACCUGGACAUGCUGUGUAGGAUUAAAAGCCUGCAGACACGUGUGGAUCAAAUUCUUGGAAAAGGACAAAUCACGUCAGACAAGAAGAGCAGAGAGAAAAUAACCGCAGAACACGAGGCCGCAGAUGACCUCAGUAUGCUCGGCCGGGUGGUCAAAGUUGAAAAACAGGUCCAGUCCAUCGAGGCCAAGCUGGACUGCCUGCUGGACAUCUACCAGCAGGUGCUGCGGAAAGGCUCCGCUCCGACCCUCGCGCUGGCCCCCUUCCCGAGCCCGCCCUUCGAAUGUGAACAGACGUCGGACUACCAGAGCCCGGGCGACUCCCGGGACCUCUCGGGCCCGCGCGGGCCUGGCGACGCCGGCGCCCCGGAGGCGCUCCCCGAGCUCAGCGCCCGCCUGGCGGGCGCCAAGGACCGCCUCCCGGCCAAGGAGCGCGCCCUGCGCCAGAGCCUGGACCUGGGCGGAGCGGCCCUGCUGUCGGUCCGGCCCGCGGUGCCCCAGGACCCGGGCCGCUCGGUGUCGGCGCAGAACCUGGCCCGGUCCACCGAGGACCUGGACGUGCAGCUGUCGGGGAGCGAGUCCAGCGGCUCCAGGGGCAGCCAGGAGUUUUACCCCAAGUGGCGGGAAUCCAAGUUGUUUAUCAGUGAUGAAGAGGCGGCGGGUCCGGAGGACGCCGGGACGGACGCCUUGGACGCGGUGCCGCCGGCCCGGGAGCCCGCCCCGGCGCCGGACUCUCUCAGGACUGGACGGUCGCGAUCAUCUCAGAGCUCGUGUCCGGCGGCGGGGGGCGCCGAUGCCCUGGGCCGGCCACACGUGAGGCUGAAAUGAGGCUUCCGAUUGCCCCCCACCCCGGGGCCCGGCCGCCCCUUAGCCAUACACACCGCUGCAUGAACUCUCUGGAAAGCCCUUCUCAAAGGUUGAACCCACAAAAAUCAGGAAGAACAUGAAAGGCAGUUCCUAAGCCCGUUAUCUUUCAAUUGCAUGAAAAUGCAUGUUUAGGGGAUGCUGAACUCCAGGGUACGACAUUGCCCCUCACUCAGUAAGGUACCUUGAGUUAAGAAUCCCGAGACACCGACCCUGCUCAUGCUGCGGGGGGGUGGGUGUGAAACGUCAAGGUCAGGUCCAUUAGAAGAUCCAACUCUGUGUUUUGAAAUGAUGGCUGUCGACGCCUUCAAAUGUCAGGCAUUUCUGCUGGUGAUAAAACGCAGAAUUCAUUUUCAAAAUUCGGCCAUAAUGUACACGUGACACAGUGACCGUCAUCAACAGCUGCUAACAAGGUACCCGUAACACAGAAUCGGGGUAUCAGACACGGCUGCCUGUUCAAGAUGUAGAUGCCAACCUGUCCUACCCAGCCAUUUUAUCAUUAAUGUAAUUUGAAUGUCAAUCUGUGUGCUUUUGGUGACUUAACGCUGUGGCCAGCAAUUUUGCACAUCAUUUUCAUGUUUUGUUUGUUUUGUUUUGUUUUUUAAAGACGAGAAUGUUCUUCAGUUAGAAAAUGUGCAAAUAAUGAAAUUCAGGGCCAGUGGGGUGAAUAGGCUGACUCUUUGACAUCUUUGACUUCAUGGAAAUAAAUUCCCUGACGGCUCUAUCAGCUGCUACGCAAUCAACCGAGUCCCAAGGAGUGGAUGGUACGUGGGGCUGGGCUGACCCGUGUGCAGUGGCCCUGCCCAGGCCUGCAAGCCGCCUACAGAAGGCCAGUGUGAGGGGUUCUUCCCACUAUGCUGAUAGCCAGGCAGGCUCUCCGGGAGGAGACAUGAGACGGAGAUGGGAAUGGCUCAGAAAGAAUCCUAACACCGGGAAAUCAGUGAUGCUCAAGAAAACAUCCUCCCUGCUCCAGGGUGAUGAGAGGGAGGGAAACAAACCAAAAGAAAAGAACUUGAUUUUUUUUAGAAAACAAAUAUUGUUAGGGAAUUCAACUACCUAAACACCCCUUAUUCUUAUAUAUGAGCAGAGAGUUUUGCAAGGUAUUUAUUUUUUAAUAUGCCCUGAAUGUGUUUUGCUAUUAUGUCAUACAUUUUGCAUAUGAAAGGCUAAAACUAAACCUCCUUUACUUUUUAUACUGUAGUGGACAUUUUCUAUUCUCCCCAAGAAUGUUGCCCGCCCCCGCUCUGAAAAAUGAUUGAUUCAGUUUCCUGGUACAAGCUCAUAUAGUCAGAAGCCAGGUAACCCUGGCAGGGUCUGCAAAUCAAAACACUGAAUAAUAGAGCAUGGUGGCUAAAAAGCCCAAGGGAAACAAAUUAAGAAAUAUCUCUACCAGAAAGCAAGCCAAGCUGACCACUUGUUAGCAGUCAGACUGGCGACCUCAGACCGUCAGAAUUUCAGCCAAGGUAACAGCACCCCAAGGGCCAGGGGAAGUGAGAAAGCAGGUGGAUUAAACUCCAGCCACAGGAAGACUUAGAAAGAGUUUUCUCCUCGGCUGAUAUUGCUGCCUCCAGGAUAACUUUUCCAGCAGCCAGGGGAUGGACCAGGGCUGUCAACAGCUGCCCAAGGCGGGACGAGGCCCUGACGCCUGCCAAGUCCCUCCCAAACUCUUCCCCAGCCUGCUUUCUCCACCUCAGACCCCCUGUCUUUCUCCUCCGCAGGCUGUGGACUCCCUGCCUCCCUUCACCAGCCUCCCUCCCCCAAGAAAGCGACUUUUCCACUCCACCUCCUAUACACAGUUCAACCCUUGUCCUUUUCUGAUAAGCACUGAAAUUUGGAAGGCUUCCUCCUCUCAUCCCACCUGGAUCCUCGCACAUGCCCCUGGCGUGCAUUCUUCAGGGUCUGCUUGGCUGCUGGAGACAUGUACACUCCGGUUUGAAAGAUGUUCUCAAACUCUUUAAGCCACUGUUUUUAUUUUCAAAACAUAAAAUUUUAGUCAAUUAUUAGAUGCAGCGUUUCAUCUACCCAUGUCUCCGAAUUUGUGAUCCAUCUUCCCAAGGAGGUUGUUCAUGAGAACACAGAUACACACACACACCCCUCCACUGAUCCAAAGCCAGACACACACACACACACACACACACACACACACACACCCCACCAUGCCCAGUAGGCCGUCUCCAGGUAUCACUUGAAGAAGAGGAAGGAACUUUCAGGUAGCAAUGAGUCUCAGACACGCUCUGUCCGGGUCAAACCCCACUGGCAGCAGGAACUCUGAAUGUAUCAAGGACCCCACCUUAGGCCCCGUUAGGCCUCAGACACAGUCCAAUCCAUCUGGCAUCGCUGAAGAUGGAAGAUUCAGAAACAAACCCAAACCGGUCACCAAGGGUUCAUCACAGCCCAGCGUGGUAACCAUGCUGGGAGGAGCUUUCACACGCCCAAGCCAUGACCGUUCUGUGUCUGUCUGACUGCAGCACAAAACUUCUUGGAUGUCAAAAGCCAGCUGUAUUGUGUGAAGCUGUAGGGCUGUGUCUGCUGUGUUCCUGUCGGGGGAGCUGAGAGGGGUCUCUCCCUUACACUUAGCAAAGCCCCUUCCGUCAGGCCCAGGCAGUGUCUCGAAGCACAAUUAGCUGAGUGCUGAUCAGCCGCUGGCUUUCUCAGGCCUCGGCCAUCUGCCGCCUUCGGUACAUAGGGUUGAUCAAGCUAGCGCUUCAUGGCAAACAUCCCCUCUACGAGGUUCACUAAAAAAAUUUUUCUCCGUCUGAUCUAAAUGUUUGCAUUUUGUUCAACUAAAUUAACAUCUGUAGAUAGCAAGUUUUGUUUCAAGUAAGACACUCGAUUGAGUUUUUCAGUCUUUCUCUCUUGUUCUAAGGUGCCUUUCUCACCUCCCCUUGAUUCAGUGAUUCUGAAAGUUCUUAAUUUGCCAGAAAACAAGUCUCACAGAGAGGAGGAAAUCAGGCACAAAGUGACUCAUUCUCAUGCUUGUAUGCAAAGCAAAACUACAAGGAAUCAUGAAACUGAGCAACUAAAUGAAUAGGUCACUUCAUCCAGAUUGAGAAAAUACCGUAAAUGUUAACUUAUCUCCCCAGAAGCUGAUAUUUUUUGCCUUAAAAUGACAUGGUUGUGUUUUUGUAAGAGAAACUUAAUUUAAUUAUGUACAUUUAAGUGAGCAGUUCUGGAAGUCACAUAUGACAAUGCAGUUCUGUUUCCUGAAAACAAAUAAAUCAGGAAUAUUGUAUCCAUUUCAAGCUACCAUUCAAAUGUAAUUUCCUUUGCUUUCUUUUACCGGGAUUAUUUGUUUUAAAGUACAACAUUAAAAAGAUGUCUAUAAACAGUUAGUGUGACUACUUUCAUCUGGUACCAACUGGUUGGUUCUGAACUGACUGGGUCCCAGUAGAUCAAGCAGAUUUGGAGUUGAAAAUAAAAAUAAUCUUUUUUGCAGAA